AGCAGCGGUGUCCGGCGGCAGCAGCACGGAGCAGCGGGGCGACGAGCGGAGCCACACCGAGCACCGACAGCUGAGGAGCGGCCGAAGCUCCGGUUCUCUCCCCGGACUUCAGCAGCUGUUACCGGCCCUUCUCCGCCUCCUCUCGAUCAACUGCGGACGAAUAACGGAGUUACCGAGAAGUGAAGUCCAGACACCGGGAGCAUGAAGAAGAACUGCUCCGGAAAACGGGGUCCACAGGACUCUGCUUUGCAGAACCUUCAGCCCGAUAAAGUGGGGUGGAUCCGAAAGUUCUGUGGGAGAGGGAUCUUCAGGGAGAUCUGGAAGAACCGGUUCGUGGUUGUUCGAGGAGAUCAUCUGUUCAUCUGUGAGAAGGAGGUGAAGGAGCCGGGUCGGGCUGACGAGCUGUUUGAUCUUUCUGAUUACGAACGCUGUGAAGAAAUACGCAAGAACAAGAGUCGCAGCAAAAAGAGUCACAGCAAGUUCCGACUGCAGCGCUGCAGCUCGCCAGGCAACACGGCUCCGAACCUGAUCUUCCUGGCCGUCAGUCCUGAGGAGAAAGAAUCCUGGAUCCACGUCCUGAACAUCUCCAUCACCAGAGCAAGGAACCGGAUCCUGGACGAGGUCACCGCCGACGAGUCGCAGCUUUCUCAUCUGACCCGGGAUCGAGUGAAGAUUCCUCACAACCGCCGGCUGCCGACCAGAGGCCACCUGCUGGCCGUGGCCUCCACGUCGUUGUCGGAGGGGACUUUGACUUUGGACCUGAUUCAGGAGGAACCCGCUCCGUCAAAGGGAGCAGUCGUUUGCGAUGCGCUCAGGGUCAACCUGGACACAUGUCUCCUUAGUUCAGACUGUCCCAGGUCCAAAACUGAGGGCACUCUUUCUACCAGGGCCGCUGAGGCUUCUGGGAAAUCCCACAGCCUUCCACGUGAGGUGGCCGUGGUGUGGGAGCAAACCCCUCAGCCAGCGACGCGUCUGAAGACGACAGAGAAGAAUCGCUGCGUCUCCAUGGACGAGAUUCUUUCACAUUCAGAGACUAAAGUUUCAAACAGAGAGACUGUGACCAGGUCAACAUCCAGCGCCACCGUGACGCUGAUCCAGCAGCUGCAGGAGCUGAUCGGCCAGAAGCUGCAGAAGACGGAGCAGCUGCUGACAGAGGUGCGGUGGGAGGUGAAGGGGGAGGAGCCGGCCGAAGCAGAGAAACUCCUAAAGGAGGCAGCGACCGCCUGGCGUCAGGCCCGCGAAGUUCUGGAGGAGGUCAAGGAGCUGAGGGCAUUGUAUCGAGAACUGGACUCGUCUUCCCCCCUCAGUAAGAAACCAAACCCAGACGUCAGAACCUGAUGGGACUCAGUCUGGUUCAAAACCGGUUCAGUCUGGACCAGAGACAUUCAGGGUCAGGAGACAGUUCAGUGUCCAGUGAUGUGAAACGUUCCCAGAAGACCAGGAGCAGAAAUCCAGCUGAGGUCACGAUUCCGUCCACUUACCCGACCUCUCUGAUCGGACGGAAGGAAAAUGUGCCAACACAAUUUAGACCCAAAGAAGAACCUCAGAUUCUAAGUCUCCUUCAUUUCUGAAGAGGAUGAAGUUUUAUGCAACUGGACACGAAACUGGAGAACAGACGGUACGAAUUCCAUUUCCUCCAAAUGUGACGGAGUCUCCAUCACACGGAGAAGGUUCUGACUUUUAAAUGGACGAAGGUAACAUGAAGUUACAGGUUCAACGUGAAGGAGUUAGUGACAUUAUAUUUCGAGACAUCUAGUGGUGAAGUUGGAUAUUACAAUCAACUUAACCCGGAGGAGACUAGAAGUGGGAGGAGCAGCAGAACAUGACGUGUACAUUCUGUUAGUUUCCACCUUGUAGCUUAGGGAGCGCAGUAAGGAAACAAAACACAGCUCAGAUUCACUUAAAGUGAGACUCAAUGAUCUGGAUCUCCCAGGUUCUGUUGGUCCUGGUUGUUUCGGGUCUCAGUUAAAGAUCAGAUGAAUAUGUCCUCAAAUACAAAAACCUUAUUUACAGACACUGACAGAAACAAAUCACAUGAGGUCAAGAUUAAUUAAUUAAUGUUCUGAGGCAAAGUCAGUAAAAUCUCUUUAAGGGUAAGAACUUGCUGAGUCAUCACUCAUUUUAUGUUCCUCACGUCUGAUCUGUUUUUUCUGACAUGAUUUUGAAAUGAUGAUCAAAGGCCCGAUGGUGAAACUUAGAUUUUAUCAGAAUAAAGUCAAUUUUGUAAGAUGGAAACUUUGAUUGAAUAAAACGACAGUUUGCUCCAUAAA